ACUUCCUCAAAUUAUUAUGGAUUUCAAAGAUACAGAAAGGUCUUUCUGAUGGACAUUUCUUUUUUUGAAACUUAAACGUCACUGCGUAAGCAACAGACAUGCGGAAGAUGCUACCAGGAUUCGGAGUCGUGGGAACCCCAAAUUCGGUCAGGGCUUAUGUCCCACUUUUGAAAUCAUACGGCUUCAGAGUUGUGGCGUUAUGGGGGAGAACGAAAGAAGAUGCAGCCAAAGUUGCAGCAGAGCUCAACAUUCCAUUUCAUUCUAGUAAUGUUGAUGAGGUUUUAUUGAACAAGGAUGUGGACAUCAUUGCGGUAACAUGUGCUCCUCACAUGCAAGCCCCUAUAGCAGUCAAGGCUCUUGGAAUUGGAAAACAUGUUAUUUGUGGUGCCCCUGCAGGACCAAACCAAGUGGACUCUUUACGCAUGGUCAAUGCUGCAAAGUAUUACCCUCGUUUGAUGUCCCUUACUAUUUAUGGAUUGCGGUUUCUUCCGGCCAUUGACAAAAUGAAACAGCUGAUUUUGGAUGGCUAUGUAGGAGACAUAAACAUCUGUGAAGUCAAAGUUCACUUUGAAAAAGUUAAGAGGGAUCAGUUUGACUGGAUGUGUGAUGGCACAAUGGGAGGCGGUCUUUUGAAUGAGAUUGGCAGUGACAUCAUUGAUGUGAUUGGUUAUCUCACAGGGCAAAGAGCAACAAAAGCACACGGCAUGCUGAAAACUUACACAAAGCAAACUGAGAAAAUAAAGGGCAUUCGUGAGAUAACAAGUGAUGAUUUUUGCACUUUUCAGAUAGAACUUGAUCAGGGGUCCUGUGUGACUGCCACAAUCAAUGGUCAUAUUCCAGGACCUUUUCAGCAAGAAAUUAUGAUAUUAGGAAACAAAGGUAGACUUAUAGCUAAAGGAGCAGAUCUGUAUGGCCAGAAAAAUGACCAAUCAAAAGAAACAUUGCUGCACUUUGACCCCAUCAACUUCAAAGAAGAAGAGAGGUAUGGAGUAUCUGAAAAAACUCGCACUCUCAUCCCAACUCCAUACCUAAAGGGCAUCAUACAGUUUAUUGAAGCUGUCAAAGAAGCAUUUGACAAAGAAGAAGAGAGACAGAGCUAUUGCAUAGACCCAGUGAGACCAGCAGCAAAUUUUGAGGAUGCCCUGUAUGUACAAUCUGUGGUAGAAGCCAUUCGCAAGUCCAGUAAAACUAAGCAAUGGGUCAAGGUGGAGGUUUUGGAGGAGGAACCUGAUCCUAACUCAUUUAUGUCACCUUCAAUGAGACGCAGUGCUUACUCAGUCCAGUGAGCAAGUACCUAUUUACUACACAAAAAAAACUAAAUAUAGCUCAGGGUUAACAAGUAGCUUUAAUACAAGGCAGUUAUGAUGAGUCAAAAGCAAUCAUAAUUCAUUAUUAUUUGUCAUGCAUUAAUUGCAUAUGAAUCUGAUGAUCAUUUUUUAUAUCAUUUUAUUAGUUUUAAGUUUACUUUUUAAAAAAAAUGAGUCUGGAAAAUUCAUACUAAGUCCCAAUACUGUAAAAUCCCUUAUUUUCGUGGGGUCAAAUUUUUGUUGUUCAAAGAAAAAAAAUAUUGUUUUGAGGGGAUUUGAUUUCGUGGUUAUAGAAUAAACAUAAUACUGUAACAGUAGUUUGAAAUUUUAACAUUUUGUGGAGGAUGUGAAAACGUGGGUCUCUUAAUACUACAAAAACAAUGAAAAUACCCCCCCCCCCCCCUGAAAAUUAGUGAUUUCACAGUAUUAAUUCUAUUAUUAAAGAAUAGUACAAUGUGUUUGUAGUAAAUACAUUUGAAAUUAAUAUACAAGUUUAACUAAGUCAUAUUUUAUCAUGAAUAGUGAAAUAUAAUGAAAUUGUAACUAGAUUUAACAAAGUGGAUAUAGUGUCUGAGUUAUUUUAUCAUUGAGUAGUUGAUAUAUAAACAAUGAUCAUUUGGAAUUGUAACUAGAAUUAAUAAAUUGGAUAUAGUGAGCAAUAUUGGCUGUCCAUGUCAGUUCAUUGAAUCAGAUAACCCCAGUUAGACAAUGAUGAGAUAUUUGCUAGUUACCCCCAUCCACCCUGCCUCUGUAAGAAAUUUUCAUGUUUUUUUCAACAUACUUGCAAGUCCAAUCCUAUAUGUUAAAUCUUUAGGAUGUUAAUUUUGUCUCAAACAUAAUUUUCUUGUCAAUUAAAAAAAAAAUUAAGUUUUAAUUGAGGUAUAUAACCAUAAUCUGAUGCAUAGAUACCAUACCAUGAUACACAUUUUAAUGGGACUUUAAUGUAGCAUUUUGUGUUAAUGUAUUUUGUUGAGUAUAUCACCUUGCUUACGUGUACAAUCAUUAUGAAUGUUAAUAUAUUCACUGGUAUGUCCUAAGGAGAUGUAAUGCAGCAUUAUUUUCAAACAUUUACUCUUUUCAAAGCAGCUUGGAUAUAUAUUUUGUUGUAAAAUAGAUACUGGUCUAGCAAAUGGCACCAUUCGUCCUCAGUAUGUACAUGUACACAUAUGAUAUUGUGUUGUCUAGUCAGCACUGUGAUACACAAUUUUUUUGUGAAUUCAUUUUUUUUGUAUUUUCAAUUAUUAUUUAAAUACAUAUUCAUCAUAUAUAUCUACAAAUUAGUGCACUUAUUUACCAAAAAUAUUUAUUUCUAGUAUUCUCUUUCCUUUGAAAGAUAAAAAUGACUCUACACUUUUGUGUUAUAUACUGUAUACAGGGCUAUUUUUCAAUGUUUUGCCCCAUGUUAUUUUUGUCCUAUCACACAUGCAAACAAAAGUUGCAUUAAAGGAGAGAUAACUCUGUCUCUGUUGAUUUUGCCUCAGUUUGAGUUUGCCUAUUUAGGACAAGGGGCAAAAAUUUCCCUGUAUGCAGUAUAUGCAAGGAAAAUGUAUUUUUAAGUCACAAAGCACUGCCAAUCGCUUCAUUUCUGUCCGUGACAUGAUAUUACUCGGAUCAUAUUUUAUUUUGGUUACUCUGUACAUUCUAUUGACAAUAUUAUGACUAUCCUUUUUGCACAGAUUCAUGGUUUCACUGGUUAAAACAUGUUUAUACAAUCUUUGAUUUAUUGAAAAAUAUUUUUGGAUAUAAAAUUAUCCCUGCAAAAAGCUUAUAAAUACUGUAGAUUCCUAAAUAUACGCGAGGAAUAAAUUAUCGCGUAAUUA